GACUUACAACCUCAAAUUGUUACUGACUUUCUAUUAAAAUCAGCAUUUUAAUGAUCAAGGAUGCUGGGGACUUAAAUGAAAUGACUUUCUAUUUUCUUUUGUUCUCAAAUCGACUAAUGGCAACUUCAGUUCUUCGAAGAUACUAGAAUUCCAUCCCGGCAAUGUUUUUCAUUAUGAUUUCCAAGUUCUAAAACCCUUUCCGUUCUUCUGAUUCUUCUUCGUCCCUUUAGUUUCCAACGUUAACAUCGCUGUGAUCGGUACAUAUAUUUGUGGAGAAAUUUCGUCCAUAUGUAACCACAAACCGGAUCUGUUUUCUCAAGAGUGUGGAUAACGAUUUCCUUCGCCCCGGGUAUAACAUGAAUAAGCUUUGCCGCCAAGUGUCCAUUGAAUCGCCCGCUGGAGCAAGCCGAGACUGUGUCUUCAAUUUCGAAGUCCCGGUCCCGGAUGUCCCUCCAAAUGGUGCUCGCAUUAGGGUGGUAUGCGCAGGAGCAUGCUACCGAAUGAGGAAUCGCUCUCCAUCAGUGUCCAGUUCGUCGUCUGUGCAGUCCACUGAAGAAUCUUACUAUUCAGGAAACCACGGAAUACGAGAUGGAGCUCUAUUCCCCGGGUACGAAGUGUCUGGGAUCAUCGAUUCUCUUGGUGACAACGUGAAACCCACGGAUGACAUUGCUGUCAACAAGAGAGUGAUUUUGUAUCCGUACGACGGCAUUCCACAUGGUUACGCCGAGUAUAUAGUAGUUCACGAUCUGUCUUAUUUGGUCCCCAUUCCUGAUAAUUUAUCUUUGGGUGUUGCCGCUAUGCUUCCCACUGGAGCUUUAUUAGCUAAAAGCGCAGUCUUCACGGCACACAAUUACGUUUCGGCUUUAUUAAAACAGCGUCCAGCGGACCAGAUUUGCAGAAUUUUAAUCGUGGGUACUGGUGGUCUAGCACUUUGGGCUAUCAGAAUCGCCCAGCAUCAUUUCGAAACGUCUGAAAACAAAGAUAGAGUACAAAUUACGGUGGCCAGCCUUAAGGACGAUGGAUUUAAACUUGCCAACGAGCUACAAAAUGUUACUCUUGUCCAGUGGAAUGAAGAGGUUCACGAAAAACAUCUCAUUGAUAGAACCAAAGACGCUUGUAAAGGUCUGGUCGAUAUUGUGAUUGAUUUUGGGACCACUUCCAGAUCCCUGCACAGGUCCCUCCAGUGUCUUAGUCCUAGUGGCGUCGUACUUGUAAGUGACGAAGUAGCAGAACGAUUGCUACCUAAAUUCUCUUCACUGAUCAAUAAAACCAAUCAAAAAAUUGAGGCUGUUUCAUAUGGGUCAAUUGAACAGUUGAAAGAACUUGUUACUUAUGUCGCAUCAGGGGAGAUCAUUCCACCACCUUACACCGAGUUUUCAGCCGAAGAAGCUUCAUCAGUUAUACAAAAACUAUGUCGCAGUGAGAUACCUGGAAGGGCUAUUCUUCGUUUUCAUGAUAUUCAGUGAAAGGUAUUAAAAUGGGAUACCUGAUAGCUUCAGUUUGAGAGAUUCAGUGUAAUUACUAAGCGAAGGUUUAUAUUAACUCCACUUUUUUAUGACAGUUCGAAAGCUCGUGAUUCUCUUAGACUGAACGUUUUAAGCUCUCCAUGUGUAUUUUAAUAAUUAUGAUCUUUAA